UGGGAAUCUCUCUAUAAAAAACCAAAGCCUCUAUCGUACGUCCAUGUCCGCCAUGGAAUUUCUGCCAUCUGUUAGUGCGUGCUUCUCAUCAAUGGCGAUGCGCCUCUGUUUCUAGGGAAUCCUUUUACUCCCUCUUAACAAAGUUCUCCGCCAUCUUCACCGUUCGCUCCCCAGCAGCCGAUACAAUUUUCAAAUUAGGGUUUUUAAAUCCAUACACGGUGUGAAUCUCCUGCGAAUUCUUCAAAUCUUCGUCGAAUUCCAAUUAUAGGGCUCUUAAAGGUCAUCUGUUGAUCCUCAAGCUUGAGAAUUUCGAAGUUUCGUUGCGUCUGGCAUAUCGGUAUCCCGAAAUCAUCAUCUGGGUGCUCGCGAGCUCUGUCGGAAAAGUGAGUUUACUGUUUCAAAAUCGUUAGGGUUUCUGGGUUCUUGUUAUGGACGACGGUGAAGUCGAUUUCUCCAACCAGGAAGUGUUCUCGAAUUCGAACAUGGAGGAGAUUCCACCAAGCAGCUGUUCCAUGGACACUUUCUUCGAUGAGCUUUUGAGAGACUCUCAUGCUUGUACUCACACUCACACUUGCAACCCUCCAGGGCCCGAGAAUACACAUACCCACACAUGUUUCCAUGUUCACACCAAAAUUCUGCCGGCUCAGAGCGAGGAAAAGGUUUCUGCCGACGAUACAGCAGAGUCCUCCGAGAAGAAGAAGAACAAAAAGAGACCGUUGGGUAACAGAGAAGCGGUCAGGAAGUACCGAGAGAAGAAGAAGGCUAGAGCUGCUUCGCUGGAGGAUGAGGUCAUCAAGCUUAGGGCUAUCAAUCAGCAGUUGUUGAAGAGAUUGCAAGGUCAGGCUGCUUUAGAAGCUGAGGUUGCGAGGCUUAAGUGUUUGCUUGUGGAUAUAAGAGGAAGAAUCGAGGGAGAGAUUGGGGCAUUUCCUUAUCAGAAACCGAUGAACACAAACUUUCCUUCCUCAAAUGUGCCUUUCUCAUACAUGAUGAAUCCUUGUAAUCUGCAAUGUGAUGACCAAGCUUAUUGCCUUCAUCCCGGGGUCGGUGGUGGGAACAGCGGAGAAGGGGCAGCGAUGAAUGGUGGUCAAGGGAUAAGUGGUUGCGACUUUGACCAGCUACAAUGCUUGGCUAAUCAGAACUCGGUUAGUAAGGAGCUUCCUGCGUGUAGCGUUGGAAAUGUACCGGUCAACACCAAUUCAUACGGUUCUCCUAAGAGAAAAGGUGGAACUCGAGCAGCGAAAGCGGGUUGAGGCAUCAUCAGACUAAUCUGCUUUCACAAUGGGUUGAUAUCAUCAUCUUUCCAAUAAGUAGUAGAAUUCAGCUUUCCUUCAGGCCCCUUUGUACUAUUCUUUUACUCUUUGCAUUUUCCGUUGUGGUAUAAAUGCAGCAUCAUUGCAAGGUUUUGCCUGUUCAAGUUUGACGGCUUCUCCAUGUUUUUUUUGUUAUCAAUUGAACUAAUGUUUGGUUCAA